CUUGGCGGCCGGAAAUGACGUUUCUCAGAAACUUCCGGUCGCUUUCCUCGCCCCUGAGGCGGGGAUGAGGCUGGCGAGCUGGAACGUCAACGGGCUCCGGGCUGGGUUGGGACCCGCGGGGUUGAGGCCGCUCCUGGACUCCCUGGGGGCGGAUGUCGUCUGCCUGCAAGAGACCAAGGUCACCCGUGAGUCGACGCGAGGAACAUGCGUUCACACGUGCAUAAGCAGUCCAGGGCAGGGGGCGAACGUGUAGGGUCCAGAACCGGCUUAGUUGGCGCCGGCUGCCUUGUAAAGGUUUAUGUCAUGACAUGGCGGGGGAGGAGGGCUGGCAGGCGGGGUGGUGGUAGUUCUGACGUGAACCAUUGAUGGAGAACGCGUGUUCCUCCAGACUAGAUGGGGGGGGAAUCCUCCAUCUGUUGUUGGACUACAGCUCCCAUCAUCCCUGUCCACUGGCCCUGCUAGCUAGGGAUGAUGGGAGUUGUAGUCCAACGACAUGUAGGAGGACCUCCCCCACGAGGUUGGGAAAGACUGCUCUAUUUCAAAAUAAAAAUAAAAAUUUGCAUUUUCAAAAACAGGAACAGAGAGCAUAUUUAACCCCUUCCCGUUCCCUCCCCUCCGCCUGUCCCACUUACAACCUGGUACCAAAUACAGCAUGUAUGCAUACAACUUCCCUUCCACACUUUUCCUGGUUCCUACUCUGCGUAAUCCACAUCUUUUAAAUGAUCCAAUUUGUUAUCUAUUAUUUCAGCUGCUGGAUUUACACGACACCUGCUAAGCUUUGUCUAUACUGGUUCUUGAAGUAGUCAAUAAACGUUAUCCAUUCCUCCUUAUAUUCCUUAUCUUCGUUUUUUCUUAUGCUGUUCAUCAGACCAGCCAGUUCAGCAUAUUCAAACAUUUUUCACUGCCAUUCUUCCUUGUUCUCCACCUUUGUGCCAAUAAUAUUCUAGCUGCAGUGGUAGCGUAUAGUAAUAAGCUCUUGGGUUUUUUGACCUCCAUUGUUACCAUCCUCAAAAGAAAAAUCUUGGGUGUUUUGGGAAAGCUUUUUUUAAGUAUAUUUUUUAAUUCAUUAUAUAUAGCUUCCAAAUAUUCCUUACUUAUUUUACAGGACCACCACACUUCGAACAUAUACCUUUUUCUUUUUUAGACGUUUUUGCCAAUCUGGUGGGUGCUAAAUACCAUCUGUGGGCCAUUUUCAUCAUAUUUUCUUUUAUCGCAUAACAUCCCAUAAAAUUCAUAUUUCUUUUCCACAACUUUUCCCAUAAUUCAUAGUCAAUAUUGUGAGCCACAUCUUGUGCCCACCUAAUCAUGCUCGAUUUCACAAAUUCCUCUUUAGUUUUCCAUUCCAACAGCAGUUUGUACGUUUUUGAUAAUACUUUUAUAUUUGUGUCUAAUAAGUAUUUGGUAAACUGAGGCGUUUGUUCUGCAAAGCCAUUUUUCCUAUCUAUCUUAAACAAUUCAUUAAUCUGAUGUACCUGCUCUAGAUGAUGGCGUUGCUGUUGUUUUUCAGUUGUAGGCGUGGGAGGCGGUAUUGCUUUUAAUUUUUCCUUUAUUUAUUUCGUGAAAUUGCUAUACCACUUUACAGGACUGUAAAAAACCCUCAUAGCAGUUUACAAAAAAAGAUAACAGUAAAGACAAAAUUAACAACCCUACUUUAAAAGCUACAAAAGUUAAAAUAGUAAAACAGGUAAAAAUUACCUCAUAUGUAACAUGAUCUGCUGUUACGUUAUGUGUUCUUUGUUAACUAGCCUGAGAUCUUCACCCUUCGGAUGAAGGGUGGUAUAUAAGUUUAAUAAAUAUUAAUAAGAGCUACAGCUGUUAGCCCCAGGUAGGUAGCACAGCCAGAGGUCAGGGGUGAUGGGACUUUGAAGUCCAGCAGCAUCUACAGCAGUACCACUGGAUUCCCAUUAUUGACUUACAAGGAAGCAACUGGCAUUGGUCUAGCAAACAAACAAAAAAACACAGGGUCUGUGGCAGAUAAAGGGAUGGGGUCCCUGCCCCAAGGACCUUACAAGUGCAUAAGGUGAGAUAAACUUCACAAGUAGAAUUAGCACCCAUUAAUUUUUUCCCUCCAUCCAUGAUGAGUAGAGAAACUGUAUUUUGGGGUAAGGCAGAAUCAUGUGCCUUUUUCCACCUGUCCCCAGCUCUCAAGGGGUCAUGGUGGAGAUUCCUAGUUUCAUUAUCAAAAGCAAGAUUGCUCAAAGUUGGGCACCUGACCCUACUUUCGUCAUACAGUUGUGUUUUGGUAACCUGAAACUGGGUGUGGGACAGGUAGCAGAAUGGGUUAAGGAGACGUGUCUGACACCCCUCCAACAUUUACAGGUGGGAAAGGCAGUGCCAAGUACAGACGAGAGGCAAACAUGGUGAGAUAUAUUUCCCCCCUUGAGAGAAACAUCUGGGAAAGGGGUACCCUUUGCCUAGGAUUAGGAUGAGGAACCUGUGGCCCUCCCAUGUGGUUGGACUACAGUUCCAUUAAUCCCUGACCAUUGAUUUAGGCUGGCUGGGGCUGAUGGGAGUUGCAGUCCAACAACAUUCCUCCACCUCUGCUCUAGGAGUAAAGCAAGGGAGAGUGAGGAGUCAAAAGAGAGGAAGGGACAAAUCUUUUACAGUGUUGGUGGAAGACAUCCAUUAAAAAUCCUGCCCCCCUUGCAAAAAAAAAAUCUUGAUAAGCUACAUUGCUGAGUGAACCUGCAUUGCUGUGACCACAUUGCUGGGCAAACCUGUAACCUUUUGCACGUUAGAAAAAAGACAACAACAGCAAAGAGAGUGAAAUUUUUUAAAAAUGGUUUUCUGAUGCCACGUCUCCAGCCUGAUGGCUUUCCAAAUUCUGUUUUGUUCUCAGGGGACCUGCUGGAGGAGCCACUGGCAAUAGUGGACGGCUAUAACUCUUAUUUCAGCUUCAGUCGCACCCGCAAUGGCUAUUCAGGUUAGUGGACAGUAGCAAAGUGGAUCAGCCACUUCUCAGGUUGCCAAUGUCUCAGCAUACUCCUGUAGCUGUGUCUUAAGUGGUGACUUCAUCUGUCACUUUCAGAUGGCAUUGAUUUGCCUCCCUGCCUGAAAAAUAUCCCCUGCUUUUUACCGCCAAUCAAACCACCAUUAUUUAUUUUAUUUUAUUGCAUAUAAUUUGCAUACCACUUGAUUUUUUUAUAAACCCCACAAAGUGAUGUACAAAGUGGUGUGCCUUACCUCUGUAAGGUACAGAGGUUUCAAUUUGUUUCUUUCUCUUGUAUCUUGGAUCAAAUAGGUAGCUUUAUAGCCCACUGUGAGAGCCCAGAACAAACUUUCAGUCUCUCUUUGUCUUCCAGGUGUUGCAACGUUCUGCAAGGUCAGUGCCACCCCAGAGGCAGCUGAAGAAGGCCUGUCUGGGCUGUUUGCUAAGCACGAUGGCACAGUUGGUUCUUAUGGAGAGACAGAGGGCUUCACAACUGAGGAGCUACAGGCAUUGGACAGUGAGGGCCGGGCUGUGAUCACACGUCACCGUAUUCGGUAGGAACAGGAAGGGGUGGGGUGGGAGGGUCUGCAGAGCUGUGAGCCAAUGACAAUGCUUGGUAACUGACAGCUGUUGUAGUUGAGAAAAUUGUGGUCUUAAGAGUGUGAGCCAAGAAAUGCCCAACUCAGAUCUAACCCUCAAGAAUAAAUUUAUUACAGGGCCUGUCACCUUGCUCUCAACUCUCCAUUUGUGAUCCUGGCUAACAACAACAAAAAUAAUUAUAACAACUUUACAGAGCUGUUAUCAAGGAGAGUUGAAAAGAAUGUGUGUGUAAGAGAGAACAAGUUUCCAGGAUUUCUCAGAUUUUCCUGGCCAGCUAAGAGGGCUAGAUGUUUUCCUUUUAAUUUGAAGCAAAAUUGAGAUUUUUUGCAAUUUUGCAUCACAUGCUGGGUUACACAUUGAGGUAGGUAAAGUUGAAGGCCCCCUGGGCGGUUAAGUCCAGUCAAGCUUGACUAUGGGGUGUGGCGCUCAUCCCACUUCAGGUCGAGGGAGUCAGCAUAUGUCCUCAGACAACUUUCUGGGCCAUGUGACCAGCAUGAAUAAACAGCUUCUGACGCAACAGGACACUGACAAGUGUGCCAGAGCACAUGAAAACGCUAUGUACCUUCCUGCCGCAGUGGUACCUGUUUAUCUACUCAUGCUGGUGUGCUUUCAAACUGUUAGGUUGGCAGGAGCUGGGACAGAAUGAAUGCCACACUGAUACCACUGCAGCCAUAAAUAUUUUUAGAAGUAUGCAGAAUGUUUCCAACCCUUUAGGAGCUGAUUGCUGAGUGUUCUUUCCAUUUUAACACAUGCAAUUUCCUGAGCAUCCUCAGCCUUGAUAGUGGAAUUGCCUAAACCUGUUGCGAAGAUGUUAAUGGGUCUGUGUCUAUAACUUUCCUAGCCAGCCAUGAAUCAGGGAGCUUGAGCCAUUAGUAACUGAAGUGUGACAGCAUUGACGUGCUUUGUCCUUUCACUGCAGCACUUCAGAACAGCAGGAGACCACGCUGACAGUCAUCAAUGUGUACUGCCCUCGUGCAGACCCUGAAAAGCCAGAGCGUGGGGACUUCAAGCUGCGUUUCUAUCAUCUCUUGCAAGCUCGGGCCGAGGCACUUCUCAGAGCUGGAGGGUAUGUGUCACUCCUCUCGUUGGCUCAGUGCAGUCCUAGACAUGCUUAUUCUGGGGCUUACUCCCUAGUCAAGCCUCUGGUGCUCUGAUUCCUUUCCAGUGUUUUGGACUCCAACUCCCAUCAGCCACAGCCAACACUGGUGGAUUAGUUAGAGCAAAACAGCUGGAGGGAGCCACGUCAGUGAGCCCCACUGAGUUCAGUUCUACUUAUUCCAGAGCAAGCAUGCAAAGGAUGCCCUAGUUAAGUUUGCAUGAGAUCGCACUGUUGAAAAGGACCAAGCUGUGAAGCUCCUGGUGAAGUUUGGGGCACACAGAUGAGUGCCCCAAACUCAGUCGGCUAUUCUCCAGAGGGGUAGCCAAUGUGGUGUCCUCAAGAAGUCAUUGAAACUCCCGCUCCAGCCAGCCUGGCAAAUGGUCAGGGGUGAUCUAGUCCAGCAACAGCUGGAAGUCAGCAAAUCAGCUACCCCUGGGUCCAGUCACUGUUGUCUCUACCUCCACCCUCAUCUCCAACAUGGGAAGAAUACUGAGCUGUGCCAUAUGUGACUGCUGUAAGAACUGCUGCAAAUACAUGUGAGGAACCUUGAGAAAGUCAAAGAGCCCUAUAUGAACGAUGCUGAUGAUAUUUCAUUGCCUCAGCCGUUAUCCCUUCCCUGUCUAAGCCAGCUUCCAAUCCACCGAACUUCUCCGAUGGAGUCAGGACUGUUGGGAUGAAUGGGGUCUCGCUGUCUUGCCUCUUUGCCUUGCGACUCAUGCACAUUUCCUCUCUCCGUCUAGCCAUGUGGUCAUCCUGGGGGACAUCAACACAGCACACAAGCCUAUUGACCACUGUGACCCGGGAGAUCUGGUGAGCAAGCUGCCCACUUUACGCAGCUGCCUUUACUCUCUACAGUACAGGGCCUGGCAGUGCUGCUACAGCGGCAGGAAAUCUGUUUCUCAUAGGCAUGCACAGGGUUGGGUGGGGAGUCCUGACACAUAGGAAGCUGCCUUACUCUGAGUCAGAUCCUUGGUCCAUCUGGUUCAGCAUUUUCAUCACUGACUGGCUGCGGCUCUGGUUUCAGACUGAGGGCAUUCAGACGGAGACCUUCCCAACCCAACCUACCUUGAGAUGUUGGGGGUUGAGCCUGGGACCCUUCUGCAUGCAAAGCAGAAGCUUUGCCAUUGAGCCCAGCCCUUCCCAACAUGUUUGGGGAUCAUGAAGUCCGCAAGGUGACUUAGAGGGUGAGGAACAGUGAGACAGAUUCCCUCACCCACCCCAGGCUGUGAAGGUGGGGAGUAUGUGAAUGUGGGUGAAUGUGGGCUGGGGUAGGGUGAUUUGAGCUACAGAUGUGUUAAUAGUUUAUUUUAUUAUUUGCUUAUUGCAUUUAUAUGCCACCUUUUCUUUCAAGGAGCUCAAGGUGGUGUAUGUGGUUCUCCCCCUCCCCAUUCCAUCCCCACAACAACCCUGUGAGGUAGGUUAGGCUAAGAGAUGGCCCAAGAUCUCCCAGUGAGCUUCAUGGCUGAGUGGGGAUUCGAACCCUGGUCUCCCAGGUCUUAGUCCAACACCAACCCACGGGUAGACAAACUAAGGCCAGGGGGCUGGAUCUGGCCCAAUCGCCUUCUAAAUCUGACCCACGGAUGUUCCGGGAAUCAGCGUGUUUUUACAUGAGUAGAAUGUGUCCUUUUAUUUAAAAUGCAUCUCUGGGUUAUUUGUGGGGCAUAGGAAUUCGUUCUUCUUUUUUCCAAAAUAUAGUCCGGCCCUCCACAAGGUCUGAGGGAAAGCGGACCGGCCCCCUGCUGAAAAUGUUUGCUGAUCCCUGCUCUAACCAUUACAGUGCACUGGCUUAAUAGCUUUGGAUAUUGAGCGAGUGGAGUUCUGUGUUGUGGAGCUGGAUGCUUCAUUUAUCACAGAAUAAUAAUAAAAAUAAUAAUUUUAUUAUUUAUACACCUUCCAUCUGGCUGGGGGUGGAGACGCUUCUUCGGGUACACUUUAAUUUUUGUUUUACAUAGUCUUACUUGCAAACCAAUUUGCGAUAUUUUCUGAUGAAAAACAGUAUAUACAUACUUUAACUAAAUUAAUAAAUAGGCAUGGCCAGAGUUGGGGUCGUUGUCCAAUGACAUCUGCAGGGCUGCAGGUUAGUUGCCCCUGUGUUUCAGGAUGAUGCAAGGGUUAAAGGUAAAGGGACCCCUGACCAUUAGGUCCAGUCAUGACUGACUCUGGGGUUGUGGCGCUCAUCUUGCUUUAUUGGCCGAGGGAGCCGGCUUACAGCUUCCGGGUCAUGUGGCCAGCAUGACUAAGCCACUUCUGGCGAAGCAGAGCAACGCACGGAAAUGCCAUUUACCUUCCUGUCAGAGCAGUACCUGUUUAUCUACUUGCACUUUGAUGUGCUUUUGAACUGCUAUGUUGGCAGGAGCAGGGACCGAGCAACAGGAGCUCACCCCAUCGCAGGGAUUCGAACUGCCUAACUUCUGAUCGGCUAGUCCUAGACGCCACCUGCAUCCCUUGAUGCAAGGGUUACAAGAAACCAAUGCAUAGACAGCAUUUGAAAGCACUACGGAAAUCUUAAUUUGUGAAGUGGCUGCAUCCUAACGUUUUAAUGUUGUAUUUUAAUCUUUCUUAAAUUGUAUUUUAAUCAACUUGUUUUUAUUAUUGGUUGUUAGCUGCUCUGAGCCCCUGGCUGGGGAGGGCGGGGUAUAAAUAAAAAUUUAUUAUUAUUAUUAUUAAUAAUAAUAAUAGCACUUAACGCUUCCACCACUGUCACCUGCAGGAAUCCUUUCAGGAGCAUCCCGGGCGCCGCUGGCUGGACAGUUUCCUGUGGGAGCCAGACAAGGAUUCCCAGGAUGGGAAAUGCUUUGUUGACACGUUCCGUUUUCUGCACCCUGGUCAGACUGAUGCCUACACCUGCUGGUGCAACGUAACCGGGUCCCGGCAGCUCAACUACGGCACCCGCAUUGACUAUAUCCUGGCUGAUCGUGCGCUAGCAUUGUCAGAUCUGCAGGAUGCCCAGCUCAUGCCAGACGUCUUUGGCUCCGACCACUGCCCUGUGCGGGUGGCGCUUAGGAGCGUCUGCCUGGGGGCGCCCCGCUGCCCACCUCUCUGCACCCGCUUCCUGCCUGAGUUUGCUGGCACCCAGCAGAAGCUCAGCCGCUUCCUCGUGAAAGUGGAGCGGACCAGCCUGCCAGAGGAGAGGGGGCAAAAAAGGGGCGGGAGGGAACCAAAUGUUGCGGGGGCUUCCAAGAAGAGACGGGUGGGUCCACCACAGAAGGGGCAAGGAGAUUUGCGAAGCUUCUUCACAGCUGGAAACGGCAGGCCUAGGGCCACCACCGACAGUGCCAACUAUCAGUCGGUAAUGAAAACGAGGACAGCAGAAGAUUCUGGGGUGGAACUUCCUCUUGACGCUUCUGGAAGGAUCACUGUUGAGCAUGGGGUGGAGGAAGUUGCUGGUGGGACCCAGCCAUGCACUGGGAGUUUGAGAGAGGAGCCCACUCUGGGCCUGGCCAACGGAGAAGCUCUGGAUUGUGGGAAAGGCUCGGUCCCCUCUAGUUCAAACCAGUCCGCUGCCCUGUGGAAGUCCCUGCUGCCAGGCCCUGCUCGCCCGCCUCACUGCAAGGCCCAUGGAGAGCCCUGUGUCCUGCGGACAGUGAAGAAGCCGGGACCAAACUCUGGGCGGCGCUUUACGUCUGCGCCCGGCCUCUGGGGAAGCCGUCAGAUCCCCGCUCCCGCUGUGACUUCUUCCUGUGGGCCAGUCGGGGGAAUCCUUGAAUUGAGAGGACAACUGAAAUGAGAGGACGUUAGACGCGCAGUGACCCCUAAGUGGAAAAGAAGGGGUUGGUUUCUAAUGGAAAGUAUCCUGGAUGUCUCGCUGCCUAAGAAGAGAGGGGAAGGCAGCCUCUGUGGCGGAGAGAGGCCUAGGCUUAUUGCCAGGGGGUCAAAGAGGUCAGGCCCAAAGUUUCCAUGGGAUCUUUUUGGGCUGUGCCAGUAGAAACUUAACUUUUGUACCAGAGCACGUUGGGAGUUUUGAGGUCUUUGAUGCCAGACCCUGCAGAUAGGAACGUUGUUUAAAGAGGAAGAAAUAAUUGGUUUUAUUAUUAAAUCAACAGUUUUACAUGCUAGGACUAACACAAGCUUUGGGAAUACGCACACAGACCACCCUGUCUUGUGAUGAGCAUUUUCUGGAUUCAUGCGCAUCAAACCUGCAGUUAGGCUCUCUCUAACAUUGGGUGGAGAAGUGCUCUUAAAUGGUGCUCUUGCAGCAAGUUGCUCUUUCCCCUUAACUGCCCUCCCCACAAACCCCCGUAAUAACAGUGAUGCAAUUGCUGGGAGGUGAUUAAUCCUUAUUUGGGGCAGGGGGGAUCUUAUUUUUUUUACUUUUGAUAAAAUAAAGAUGUUGGAAAAAAAAACCCUAAACGUUUGCUCUGUGGGAACAGGGAAAGUUGGAUUUCUUAUGUUCUCUGAAAAGAGAGUUGGGUGAUGCUGAACCAGGAGUUAAGGUUCUGGUUCUGAGGAAUGGCGGUGCUGUUAUGGCACUCCUGAUCAUAGCUGUCAACCGUCCCUUUUUUUUGCGGGAAAUUCCCUUAAUCCAGCACUGUUUCCUGCUGCUAUCCCGGAUUGUUAGAUAUCCUGUAGACUGUCCCUGGGACAGGUGAGGCUGCUGAUCCCUUAUUUUCAAAUCUGAAAGUUGACAGCUAUGCUCCUGAUCCCUGUGGCAUAAACUGCCCUGGGUGCUUCAGCUAUUGUGGUGACAAAGGGAUUAAGCCCAGGUUUUGCAGAUUAGCACAACUGAGUUCAUAUUGCCUGUACAGGAUUGCCUUGGGGCAAAAAGGUACGUCUUGCUUUUCUAUCUGGGAAUAAUGCAUGAAAAUCCCUGCUGGCUGUCAUUUGGAUUGCAAGACAUGGAACUUUCCCCUUUCCAUGGGUUUCAGUGUGUGUGCUUAGGGAAAGUGGAGCCCUCUGCUGACCAUCCCUGGUACUACUAGCAUGCCUUAAAGGGAAAAACCUGAAUUGCCAUUUGCUCCAAUUCAGUGGUUAAAAAAUGGGUUUCUCAAGGAAAAUGGCUAGGGGUUGGGGGGAACACUCAGACAUGGGCCAGGAAAGUGCAAACCUGUGCCUAGAAAGCACAGUGCCUAGAAAGUGU